AUGAAGAUCGUUAAUGAUAAUGAUGGAUUAUCUCGAUCGGCAAUUUUAUAUGAAAAAUUAGAGGAUAACGAAUUACCCACAGAUUUUAUAGAUCCAAAUAUGAUGGUUAAAGGGAAUAAAGCGGACAAUAAUAAUAGAAUUCACCAUAAUCCCUUUGCUGAGGAGGAAGAUACAUAUCUUAACGUGAUAUUUUUUGUUGGUGGUGAUAAACUUUCACCUGAUGAAAAUGAUGAUGAUGAAUCAGGAAAAAUGUUAGUUUUAAUCAAAGGAAUUGAAGUCAAUAAUUGA